CGACCAUCCCGCCAACCAUGGGUUCCUCUCCAUUCACCAUGAGGUCGAUCCUCACUCUGUUCCUACUUGUGGUACAACUCGCCUGCGCCCUCAAGUUCGAUCUCCCCGCCAACUCGGGCAAGAAUGAGCGAUGCAUCCGCAACUUUGUCUCGAAGGACCAGCUGGUCGUAGUGACGGCCAUUGUGAGCGGCCAAAAGGGUGAUGGCCAGAAAGUCAACAUGCACAUCAAGGAUGCGAUGGGCAAUGACCACGGUCGUCCUAAGGAUAUCGUUGGCGAGGUGCGCCAGGCUUUCACUUCGACUGCUGACACUGCAUUCGACGUGUGUCUCGAGAACCAGCUCGUCGGUCGCAACGCCAUCGCCAACCCCUCCCGCGAAAUCGAUCUCGAUGUCGAGAUUGGCGCCGACGCCCGCGACUGGUCCUCCAUCCAGGCGCAAGAGAAGCUCAAGCCCGUCGAGACCGACCUCCGCCGCAUCGAGGAGAUGGUCGCUGACAUCGUCACGGAGAUGGAUUAUCUCCGCGCUCGUGAGCAGCGCCUCCGUGAUACUAAUGAGAGCACCAACGAGCGUGUGAAGUGGUUCGCGUUCGGCACGAUGGGUAUGCUCGUUGGCCUGGGUGCUUGGCAGGUUGUCUACCUGCGGGCCUACUUCCGGUCUAAGCAUCUCAUUUAGAGAGAGAGAAAAAAACGGACUGGUGCUUCUUAUAUUUUUCUGCUGUCUUAGCUUGCGUGAAGGGGAAUUGACGAGUUGCAUACAUGAUUCAGAUGGUUUCCGCCUUUUCUACUUGUUCGAUCUUGGAUUUGAGGUGCUGUUGCAUUGGGGGGUUUCGCUGUGCUGGCUCUUUAUGGCUUCUCCCUUGUCUUUAGGCAUUUUUGUUCCAGUAGUCAUGAUCUCAAUGAUAUAAAAUACAUGCCCUGCUUCCGCGGAGGGUUAAUCAUCAU